AUGGCGUUGUCUUCUUUCAAUAAGGCUAUUCCGGAUAGGGGCAUAAUGCGAAUCUUGACGGUUGAGAUGUCUAUUACCCCUAUGUGGUCGCCGCCUCCUUUGGGUGUUUUUAAAGUUAACGUGGAUGGUAGCUGUCAUGUUGUUGAUAGAGGUGGUCAUAUUGGGGUGGUUAUUAGGGACUCGACGUGCCGAUGUUUGGCGGUGUGCAGGAAACAAAUCCAUGCAGCUUCUGUGUUAAUGGCGGAGGCUUUAGGGAUUUUGGAGGGAUGCUUGAUUGAUUUGAGAUGGGGCUAUGAAGAUGUUGUUGUUAAAUCGGAUUCGCGGAACCUCAUUUCCUAG